CAUGCGCGUUGCGCCUCGGCCCCGGCCCGGCCCGGCGCGGGGGCCCCGUGAGCGCGGCAGGAAGCGGCGGCCCCGCGGGGCGCCAUGGCGAAGCGGCUGCGGAGCAGCGAGCUGUGCGCCGACUGCAGCGCCCAGGAUCCUUGUUGGGCAUCUAUAAACAGGGGAAUUCUGAUUUGUGACGAGUGCUGCAGUGUUCAUCGAAGUCUGGGGCGUCAUAUCUCUCAAGUGAGACAUCUCAAGCAUACACCAUGGCCUCCAACAUUGCUGCAGAUGGUUGAAACACUGUACAAUAAUGGUGCUAACUCCAUAUGGGAACAUUCAUUGCUGGACCCUGCCUCUGUUAUGAGUGGAAGGCGCAAAGCUAACCCGCAGGAUAAAGUACAUCCCAAUAAAGCUGAAUUCAUUAGAGCUAAAUAUCAAAUGUUAGCAUUUGUUCAUCGCCUGCCAUGCCGUGAAGAUGACAGUGUUACUGCCAAAGAUCUGAGUAAGCAACUUCAUUCCAGCGUAAGGACAGGAAACCUGGAGACAUGUUUGCGAUUACUCUCCUUAGGAGCUCAAGCCAACUUCUUUCAUCCUGAGAAAGGAAAUACUCCGCUCCAUGUUGCUGCUAAGGCAGGACAGACUCUACAAGCAGAGUUAUUAGCGGUUUAUGGUGCUGAUCCUGGCACACAAGAUUCCAAUGGAAAAACUCCUGUUGACUAUGCAAGACAAGGUGGGCAUCAUGAACUGGCAGAGCGCCUGGUGGAAAUUCAGUAUGAACUCACUGACAGGUUAGCUUUCUAUCUCUGUGGCAGGAAACCAGAGCAUAAAAAUGGACAGCACUUUGUUAUACCUCAGAUGGCAGAUAGCAGUCUAGAUUUAUCAGAACUUGCAAAAGCAGCUAAGAAGAAGCUUCAAUCUCUAAGCAACCACUUAUUUGAAGAACUUGCCAUGGAUGUGUAUGAUGAAGUCGACAGGAGGGAAACAGAUGCAGUUUGGCUUGCUACUCAGAAUCAUAGUACACUUGUGACAGAGACCACGGUGGUUCCUUUUCUUCCUGUAAAUCCUGAAUAUUCCUCAACCAGGAAUCAGGGAAGACAGAAACUGGCUCGAUUUAAUGCUCAUGAAUUUGCUACACUAGUUAUAGAUAUUUUAAGUGAUGCCAAACGAAGACAACAGGGGAAUCCUGUCAGUGGUUCAAAAGAAAAUGUGGAACUAAUACUCAAAUCCAUAAGCAAUCAACAUAGCAGUGAAAGUCAGGAUAAUGACCAGCCUGAUUAUGAUAGUGUUGCUUCAGAUGAAGAUACAGAUCUGGAAACAAAUGCAGCUAAAUCUAACAGACAGAAGAGCCUGGAUUCAGACUUGUCAGAUGGACCAGUGACUGCCCAAGAAUAUAUGCAAGUUAAAAAUGCACUGGUGGCCUCUGAGGUAAAGAUUCAGCAGUUAAUGAAAGUGAACAUCAACUUGAGUGAUGAGCUGAGAGUCAUGCAGAAAAAGCUUCAAACGCUACAGAGUGAGAAUACCAACCUCAGAAGACAGGCCACAACCAAUAUAUAUCAGGUCCAAACUGGUUCUGAGUACACAGACCCUACCAACAAUUCUUCUUUAAAGCGACGACCAUCUGCACGGGGUAGCAGGCCCAUGUCCAUGUAUGAGACUGGAUCAGGUCAGAAACCCUACCUCCCCAUGGGAGAGGUCCCAUACCCAGAAGAAAGCAUAACAAGACUGCAGCCUUUUCCUCCACAUAUCGGGAGGAGUGCGUUUGUGACCUCCUCUUCAUCUCUACCUUCCUUCCCCUCCACGCUUUCCUGGUCAAGGGAUGAAAGCACACGAAGGGCCUCGAAGCUGGAGAAGCAGAGCAGCGUGUCGGAGAGCGACUACGAUAACCCCACUGCCCCUCUGGAGCUGGAGGAGACGGGGUCGGGCAGGAAGGGACGGCAGAGGAGCAUCAUUUGGCAGGGGGAGGGAUCCAUCCCCGAGGACACCGACACAGCCCCCAGCUCCAGUUUGCCCAGUACAGAAGAUGUGAUUCGGAAAACUGAGCAGAUCACUAAGAAUAUUCAGGAGCUGCUGCGAGCGGCACAGGAGAACAAGCAUGACAGCUAUAUACCGUGCUCCGAGAGAAUACAUGUGGCAGUAACAGAAAUGGCAGCCUUGUUCCCAAAAAAACCCAAAUCUGAACUGGUAAGGACUUCUUUGCGUCUGCUGACAUCUAGUGCCUACAGACUCCAAUCUGAGUGCAAAAAAACCCUUCCUGUGGAGACGUGCCCUACGACGGACAUCCAGCUGGUUACCCAGCAAGUCAUCCAGUGCGCCUACGACAUUGCCAAGGCUGCUAAACAGCUGGUUACCAUCACAACCAAAGAGAACAACAACUGAGUCACACGUGGCUUUUUAAUCUUGUUUUUUAAAGGUUGAAUUUCAAAUAUAGGUGUGGAACUACUCAAAUUUUUAUGAGGAAAACUAAAGGGGCAAGAAACUUUUUUUAAACUCAGUAUUAUUUUUGCAUGUUUUCUAACAAUUUUAAUGAUUAAUUUAACCCACUGCCUUAUUUUGUGCCUGUGUUGCCAGUUUAGUUACCAAUAAUAGCAUGUCGCAAAUAGCUAUUGAGCCAAUAUGUACCAGCGUUGUUUCAAGCUCUUGCUAGAUGUUUCCUUGAGGCCACGUUCUGCUUUCAGAUAUUGCUUGCAAAAUUCCCACCAAAGUCAACUGCGGAUACCAGAGGGCAGAAUCUCGCCUCUGCUCUGUCCAUCCUGGAGCCUCACGCGCAGUGGUGCCGCUGACUGAGAAACCUGCAGUGAAACGGGCUCCGAAGGCUCCAGGACCAUGCCUGCUAACCAGCAGAAGGAAGCUCGUACUCCUGAUCAUGGAAUACCAGCCAAUAGUACCUGUUCCCAAAUCAACUGUUGUGCAAUAAUGAUGUUUUUAGUCUGCUGAAACAACAGUAGCUGUGGGCAUCCGAGCUUAUUACAUGUAGCUAUACAAGGUCUUUGUCACUUUAUCUAUUUUUGGAAGGAAUUUCAAUUUUAAUAGUUAUUUCUUUUAGCUGUCACUAUGCCAUUAAUAUAUUAUGUUUGAUGUUACUUUAGGGCAUUAGUGGUUAAAAUAUUAUCCCUUGUUUCUGGUUUGGUAUCUCAUUCUUAAGUUUCCUACAGAAUUUUACUGUCAUCGUCAAGGCGACAUCUUGUUUGCAGCAGCACUGAUGCAAUUUCACUGAAGAUUUGUGAUAAUUGAAAAAAAAAGUGCCAGUUAAAGGAGAAGCUGCGUCUGCCAUAGCAUAUAACCUCUGUACCUCAACGUAUCAAUGUGAAAAGAUUUCUUAUAUCCAGUAAGUAUUUUGAAAAGCAUUCAAAAGUUUACAGCUGUUUACUGAGUAACCCAAGCUAGGUUGCCUGUCAGAAAGGUAGAUUGGUUACAGCUGUCCCUGUGUGUUUCAGGUUUUUCCAUUCGUAACAGUUUACAAAACUUUGAAAAAUACGUAAAUCCGUGAUUAACAAAAAUGAGAGCUCUUUGAUUUUUUCCAUGGAGUUUUGACUCCCAGUAGUUCUUGCCGCCUCACAUCCCAUUUGGAAGCUUGUUGUGACUUCCAAGGAGCCUGCUGGGUCAGUUUAGCUGGCAGCCGGUUCAGGCAGUGUUUCAUUUAAGAGCAAAGUUACAGAAAUACAUAAGCUGUCAUGUGUCGGCAGUUGAUUAGAGUAUUCAGACAGUUUUCACAGAAAUAUUUGAGUCAGAAGCGGCUAUCUGCCGUUCAACAAACAGCUUACAGUAUGGAGUCUGCCAAAAGACACACACUCUUCAAGGCUUUCUGGUGGAAAAACUGCUGUAUUUAGGUUAACAGAUGAAACCACUUUCAGCAGUUCCUUCCUCUUGCAAUCGUACAGUGUUUGUGUGCACGUAUAAACACUAAGUGCCGUAACACGCUUGGAUUCCUGUAUUGGAUGUAGCUCCAUUUUUAAAGUAGUGUAAAUUUGAAGGAGGGAAGGAAUGGAGAGGGUAGAUGACAAUCUAGUACAUUAAUCUUCUUCUUAGUAACUUUUUUUUCUCCCUUCCUACACCUGAGUCCUAGAACUGUCUCUAAACUCACAGGAAUGCAGACAGGCUGGGAUUGAAACCGUAAAAGAAACAGUCAAAGAUUUAUAAAACCUACUUCAAAAUUAUUCUGCUGGCAAUUAAAUACAUUAAGAACAGGUUCCCAGAAGAUUAUCAAAUUAAUAUCUUUGAAAGGUAGCACAUGGUAUUUUUAAAUCUCUCAGGACACCAUUGUUUGCUUUUCUUUAACAUAUCUUACCUGAUUUUUGAAGCAGGGUAGCACUGAGUUAUGUUGUAGGUUUAAAUUUGUGCCUGUACCAAAACAAAAGGACACUUCGAUAGCUGCAAGCUAUCUAGCUAGGCUAGCUCCAGGUUUUCUAAAAAACAAUCAUUUAUCUUGGUGGGAGGUCUAGCUUUAAAAAGAAAAAGCCACCUGUAAUUGAUUUUCCAUUCUGGUAAAUUCUGCCAUCUCUGAGCAAACAUUUGUUCUAGACUGGUCAGCGCCGUACCCUGUUACUGCUCCAGAGCCCCCGUGCACAUGAUGUGGGAUGUGCAAUUUUCUGAUGCCAUCAAUGAAACAGAAGCAGUCUGAGCAAACGCUGAUGUGCUACAUCAGAUCUCUUCACCAAGGGAGUGUUACAAAGCCAGCUGCGGAACUGAAGAGUAGUAGGGUAACCCCCAAAGCAUACAGCAUUGCAGGUCAGAAGAUUUAUAAUACCCAAAAUAACAAAAGUCUUUUUCCUUUUAUGACAUCUCCUUCCCCCAUCCCCCCAAACCAAAAUUCCUCUCUCUUUACAAAAUGCUGCAUAGGAAAGUAAAAUUUUUUGCCGUUUCUGAAA